AUGCCAGCGAAACAGAGAAUACGUGUUGCUAAUGAAAAACAUAGCCAAAAUGUUACACAAAGAGGAAACGUAUCGAAAUCGCUGGUGAGUUAUAAGCCAUGAUGCCGUGUCUCCUUUGCUUUGAAUGCCAGCGAAUGGCCAUUCGAUGAUGCUUUUUUUCUUUGUAAAUUUUAGCGACCGAAAGAUGAGAAAUAUGCUGUUGGACCUAUACUAUUAGGAUUAUUUAUAUUUGUUGUGUGCGGUUCGGGUAAGUAUGUAUAAACUUUUUUAGUCGUUGGGAAAUUACUAACGUCUCAUUCCGAAUUUUAAUAUUGUAGUAGUUCAAAUUAGUUCGAAAUUACACACUAUUGUUUCACUUGUACUGACAAAUUAUUUUCACAUAUAUCUAUUAAACAAAGCCAUCUUAUUUUCUAGCUCUCUUCCAAAUUAUUCAAAGUAUAAGGAUGUCAUAAAAUUCGAUGACGGAAUAUCAGGACAAAUUUUUAAAACACGAACUUGAAACAAGUACACGACAUUGGUGAAUUCAAAUACGACCUUCUUCAAAUAUUUCUAUUCUUCAGACGACAGACAGACGGUGAUAUAUUUAUCAAAUACAUUUUAGUGAUGGGUUGAAAUGUUAAUUUUAUAUUGUAGAAUUAAGUAAGGUAGUGUAGUUGACUUUCAGUGUGAAAGAAUUAAAUACAGUAAGUUAUAUUCUUUUAAUGAUUAACCAUGUACAGCAUCAGAGAAUUUCACAUUAUAUAUUAUAAUCCUGCUCAGUUUUGUCCCUGCACAGUUCUGUCUCAGUCAGUUUGUUGUAUUGCUUACUUUGCUUGCUGAAAUCUUGAAAUGCUUUAAGUGUGGUUUUGAGUUGGAUUAAAUCUAUCGUAUUAAACUCAGCAGCACUUCUUUAUUGUGGUUAGGGAUGUUUGAAGAUCAGAAUUUUCAUAUCAUGAAUGUCCUAUGUACAGCAACAUGGCAAUAGUUCUCGGUAUAGACUGUAUUUCAACAGAAUAUUGGCAAAUGCUUUGUGAAAGGGGCAUGUUCAGUAUAUUUUAAAUAUUGGUUCCAAGAUGACUUAUGUGUAGGUGGCAAUUAAAAUGGAUAGAAAGGAAGAUUAUUAAUUGUGCUUGGCUAAUUUAUAUGCUAUAGAUUUGCACUUAAUUUGAAAUCUAUGCAUACUGUAACAAAUCUUUAAGCAGAAUUGUCAGUAACAAUAGCAAUGCAGUUCAAACAUUGGAAUUGUGUUUAGCUUCUCUCAGCAAAUAAAUAAAGCUGUGUCCAUAAACAUUGUCAUGCAUAAUUGCUGAGAUUUAUUUGUGGUAACCACAAUAUUCUAACACAAAGGAUCAAUAAUGUCUAAUUUUGCUGCCUUGGUCAAAACAAUUCACAAAAUCUGCCCCCAAGACAUUUGCUACAGUUCUAUAUACAAAGAGUUUUAUGGCAUUCAGCAGAACAUUAACUAUAUACAUUCAAAGUGAAAUGCAUGUUCUGACAACUGUGCUGCUCUCAGUAUCGGUAUAUAUAAUAUAUAUCUAUAGGAUAUAAUUAUAUAAUAUAUGUCUAAACAGGGAUGUCUAUGGUAGGGAGUUGCAGAACCUUCCCCUAGCCUUGGCAAUGGGGGGUUGGAGGGGAUAAAAAUAUACUAUUCAAAUCAUUAGCAAGGCAACUGUACCAUUCUAUACUUUUUGGCAAGUUUAGAAUCUAAAACCCCUCACCCUCACCACCUUCUGCCUCCUGGACUUGUCUUGUGCAGUGUUAUGCAUGCUGCCUCUUCCCAUUCCUGCAGCAGCUCUCCCCACUUAUUAAAAUCAAGCUGGGUCAUCCCCAGGUCUUAUCAACAUAUGCAGCAUAUCCAGCUACUACCACUGGCUAGUAUGGGGAAGUUUGUAUCUGCACGGCUUCAUGCACAUGGGUAAAAAGUAUAUGUGACCAUACUUAAGGGUGAUUUUUCCUGGAAACCAAUGCUAAUAUUUUUGAUAUUUUUGAAUUUAUCAAAGCUGAAGAACUUGCUUUAGAUGGUAGCCUGCUCACAGCCUAAAGUUUUGAAAGUAUGUAAUAAUAUAUACUGUAUAUUAGGACACAUAAAAAAUAGUUGGUUAGCGUCCUCACCCAUCCACAAAAAAGGUCCCGCUCACGAUUUUUUUAUUUUUAUUUAAAAAAACCCAACUUUUAUUGAUCAACAGGCUCUAAUAUAAUUUUUUUCUGUGUUGGUGUUAUGUACUCAAUUUCUGUUGACUGUAGUCGAUUAUGUAAAAAUCAGGUAGAUUUUUUGUUGCUCGUAACGUAGCAAUAAACAGAAAUCGUAUACAUAUACGGUUUACGUUAUUUGAGUUGACUAAAUAGUAAUUCUUUAAAAAAAUUAUGUAUCACUUACUUAAUGGUUAAUUUGGUAAGCAAACAGCAGACCAUCUAAAGUGAACACAUGCAUUAAAUAUAAAUUGUGUAAAACGCCCCCCCUAAAACUAACAAGCCCUGUAUGAAGACUAUACAGAGUCGGAGGGUUUCGAUGAUUAUUUUUCAAGUAUUAGGCUGUAGUAAAAUAUAUAAUAACAGAUGAAAUUGGUAUACAACUGAAUGCUAAAUCAUAAAAACGAUAUACCUGAAUUUACUGUAUUCAAACCAGUUAUUGUAAACCAUAUUUGUUUUUUACUUAUCUCAGCUGUCUUGAUUGCAAAGCUACUUGCUUGGAUAAAAUUUCCAGUAAAAUUACCAAAAUUGCAGUAUCAAUAAUUUGUAAUUCAUUGACUGAGAUCUUUAAUUUAUGUCAACUGAACAAAUUGUUAAGGGAUCGGUCAUAAAGUAACAGCUAGGGUGGGCCGGAGGGAAAAAUAGGUUGACCAGAAAAAAAACGGUAGCCCAUCCUGAGAACCUAGAAAAAAUUUCAAAGCUCAUCGUAGGUCAUUGAAAAAAUUUCACGACCCAUCCUGCUAUACAUGAAUAUGUACAGUAUAGCAGUCACUUUGAUCAAAUUACUAGUUACAGUAUGUAUUGAGUGCAAACAGGUUAUAUAUGUGUUUCAUGACUCAUCCAUUUGCGCGAAAAACAAAUUGAUGACCAACCCAAACUGAUGAAAAUAAUUUCAUGGCCCAUCCUUAUUUCCUCCGGCGCAUCUUAGCAGUUACUUUAUGAGCUGUUAUAUCUUCAAAAUCGUUAUUUAUUUCAACGUCUUAAAACAUAAAACCUACACACAUGUGCUCACUUCUAAAGGCCCAUUUACACGGUACGAUUAGUUGUACACGAUUCUUACUCUGGCGUAUGUGAUCGAAUAAACACGCGUACAAACGUCACAUUUCAAAUCUCGCCAUUAGCGAAUGAGCAAUAACGUGGCAUUAGCACUCGUUUUCAUUCGUCAGAAUGACGAUCGUAUGCAACUAAUCGUAUCGUGUAAAUGGGCCUUAAAAAUCCCCCGACCCCCUGAUGCAACGUUCUAUACUUCAUGUAACACCAACAUAACAUGAGCGUUCCCUAAAAAGGUUUCUGAUCACCAACCAAGAAUUAAUAUCCUUGACAAACCAAUAAAGUGCAUGUGUUUCACCAAAUACAUUCCAAAUACAUUCCAAAUUUCACAACAACUAAAAUAUAUAUAGAUUAUAUAUAGGGUUGAAUUGUACAAACACCAGGAUCCCGGUCAAUACAACCAACUGUUGAAGUGUCCUGCAGACAGAAACCUCAACUGGAACCCCAUACACCAUUAAACCAACCAGGAGGAGCUGCGAAAAACGCAAACCAUUAGUGGCCCUCCGGCAGGAACCGAACCCCCGGCCCCACGCAACUCCGCGGCGCAGCGCUCCACCCAAACGAGUUACAGAGAGAUAGUUGUCGAGCUCUACAAGUUCAUAUACAAAUACUAAUUGGUGAUGCCAAUUGUACGGUGUAUGGGCAAACAUCACGAUCCUGGGCGCCCCACUCGACAACCUCGUUCCCAGGCUCUUUCCUCUUAUUACAUCACAGUCGUCAUGACAGGUCGAUCAUGUACUAUACGUAGUGGUGUAUACCGAGACCAUUCCGAGCUUAAUUCCUCCACUGUCCACAUCCUCUUCGCUUUACCGAUCAACUCAAUUUUGCCGAUCAACGUGCAGACCAUUUCCAAUCAAUUUACCGACAAGUCACGGUGUUUCGAUCCUCCAUUAAAUUCUUCACUCCUCGGUUUGUUUUGGCGCGAAACGUGGCCGGGAGGUGGUCCGUGUAAUGUGUGAUGCGCCAAUUCAGAAGGCUCCAUUUACGUUACGGACCUGGGAUUACGGACCGGGAAAAAAUAACAACUUGUAUUCAAGGACUAUCAUUGUAUCUUCGUAGACAAAUAUUGAAGAGAAUUCAGGAUAUUAUCAAAAUUUUUAAUUUCUAACUUGCGAACUUGCAACGUCGCAUGUUAGACAAACUCACUUCCUGAAGGACUGGAAAAUGUUAACGUUUCUUCAUAAUUUCUUGAAUCAGGGGGGUUAUUUAUCGAUGAAUUAACUGUUAACAUGGAAAAAUCACAUUGAAGCACUAUCAAAAAAUAUGUGCUGGAAUGCAUAGUGACAACUAUAGAAUAAGACAUUACACAAAUUUUUAAAUACUCUAAAACUAGUCCAUAUUGAGUCUAUCCAUACUGGACAAAGAACGAACUAUAUGUUAAACAUCCCCUGACCGAAGGGUUAAUAAUAUAUUGGAAUGAGCGUGAAACACAUUUAAAAACGAUCAAGGUGACUGAUUUCAUUGUCUUCCAAAACAAUGUCAAGAAAUACUUAAUGGCAACUAAGAUUGGCCAUGGCAACUACACUCUACAGCUACUUCGUUUUUUAUAAUAUUUGACUGUAAAUAGUUUUAGCAUCAUGCACUUGUAGGUUUUCAAUCAACCUCUAAAGGCUAUUUCCACUACGGAAAAUAAGCAAAGGAUCGGAACAAAACAAAACUACUGAAAAUUUUGGAAAAUUUCGGAAAAUCUUGGUUCCGAUUGAUCCGGCGAUUGUCCGGACCGGCGGAUUAAACCUGGCGACCAAUCAAAAUGCCGUAUCAUCUCACAUAAAUUAAAAUAAUUAAAUAAUACUUGUAACAUUUACAAAAUGGAGGAUAAUUCUUGGAGAAGAAUUGGAGAGUCCAACAGCUCCUUUGGCACAACAAUCUUUGAUUCCAUUGUCUUUUCCGACAAAUUUUUCUUAUCCAAAUGUUCUUUUUGUAACAAAAUAAGAUAAAGUUCAGAGCUAGCCGCUGCUAUUUUUCCAAUAAGCGCAAAAUAGUAAUUUCUGACGCAUGCGUCGCGUCAUCUGCAUAUAUCAUGAAAUUAAUUAAAAGGUAUGGAGCGUUCCAAUUAAUUACAAAGCGUCAUACGCACGAUUGUGAGGUCACAUAGUUAAAUUAGUAAGUAAAAAUGCACGCAUGAUUUAUGAAUACUGCAUUAGGUUUCCAAAUUUUCACAUGGAAAAUCGACAUGUUGAAUAAAAAUUGAAUAAAUGGAGGGUUGAGAUAUGCUUUUGGCUCUUGUUUUAUAUCUGGUUUUGUUCAUACAGAAUGUAUGUGCUGACGAAGGUAUGUGGACGAAGUAGUAUAGUCGUACUUGUACAUUUAUUUAACAGUUCACUCAUUUUCGGCCCAGUCAUAAAUUCGUGAUUCAGCGAUAUUUUCGCACAUCGCUAACUGAAUUUCCAAGCCAUCCAAACCCGAGAAAAUUGCAAGAAAAAUAAUUGCUGGACAGUUUCUUUAAUAUAUAUAGUUGAUUUUAUAUAACAACGAUAUUUCUAACUCUGUUUUUUCUAACUCCUUCUUUUUCUAACUUCAUAGUUGUUUUCUAACUGAAGAUUAGUUGUUUUCUGAGAAUUAGUUGGUUAUUUAAUUUGGCAUUUGUUUUUCACAGUUAUUAUUAAUGUCAAAUAUUUUAAUGAAUUCAUGUUUAUAGCUACAAUCUCUUGCAAAAUAAAACGUGCCAUCAUGAUUUUUAAGGCUUAUCCCCCUUUCCCCCAUCCAAUGUUGCGAUUUGAAGUCGAUCGAAAUUGAAAAGGAAGGCCUGAAACGGUGCAAACAAUCACUAACCAACAUUCAGAAGGGUGCGGGAGUAUGCCAGUGUCUCGCUUAUUUUGCAUAGGAUUGUGCACAAGCAAUAAUUUGGCAUAUGUUUUUUCACAGUUAUUAUUAAUGUACAUAUUUUAGUGAAUACAUGCAUGUUUAUAGCUAGUCUGUAACGGAGGAGUGCCUCGCGUUCGCACUCUUACCACUUGGACACAGCGCUAGUCCACUAAAUUGAUUUAAAAAUCCAACAAACAGAACUCUAUUAUUUUUGAAGCAAACGUUUUCGCCCGGUUUAUUUUUCGCUCAACUAAUUUCGCACCGGUACGUACGGUCGUACGUAUUUCGAGGCGUUUCGUUCAGUUUUGUGGCAGAUAUUAGGUCUAAAAGUUUGUUAAAAUUUUCGUUCGUGAAUUCCAAACUAGCCAGGGGCAGCUGCGAGAUCAGGCCCGGCAGAAAUAGAAACGGCGGUCCUGUGUUUCAGGGGCAGCGCUCUAACCAGUAACCCACAUCUUCAGUGCAAAGGCAAUAGUUGAGCAUUAACCAGGAGCUCCUUAUAUAUUAUGUUGUAAGGUGAUGCCAUAUUUUGGGCAUCUCGUUCAUGCAGAUGAUUUUUUUCGGAAUAAAAUUGUAUACAAAUUUUUGUUCGGGAAUCCCAUCUACUAAAAUCCCACCUACGUGCGGUCAUAUCGAACGAGAUGCCGAGAACCUUGAUAUAGAGUACAUAUCCCCAAAAGGGAUUAGGGGUAGGUUUAAACCAGUGUAAACUUAACUUGGCGUUCUGUAAAACCAAAACAGCUAAAUAAUAUUUGAUUUUGCAAGAACAACACCUCCAUGUAUAAACUCCGGCUGUGCGUCGACACCAGCCGUUAUAAUACCAAAAUAUCAGGUAUCAGCACCCUGUGGCGUUUACCCAAAUCGCGCGCAAUAUACCGAAGUACUACAGCAUUCAUGAACCCGCACCAUAACCAAUUAAAUUUGCUUUUUCAAAACUACGCACAGGUUUAUGCACCUCGGAUAUCGUUUUUUAUGCACCUUGGGUAUGGCUUGUUUUUUAUUCCGCACAAUUAAUAUUUCUUUUCUAUUGCACCUUUCACCUUUGCCCAUGAAGUUGCGCGACCGACCGUAGUUUCCUAUACAGCCGAUUAAUAAUACACGCUGAACCCGUGGUUGAAAUAUACAGCGGCUGUAUUAUUUAAACCAUGCGUAAUAUGCAGGAGUACGCACAGUUUCUGAGAGCCUGGAAUCCAGUGAUCAAUUUGAUGCCAAAAUUUUAAAAUUUGGCGCAAUUCUUCUUCUUAAGUUAACCUUCGAUGAUUUGCGUUAGCAAUGUUUUGGUCGACUUAAUCUCGAGUUGUUUGUGGCAACUUACAUUACUUCUGGUCUCUAUGCGCUCGCUUGCCGAUGUCAUGUAGUAAGCGACGAUGAAUUUGGUUAAGAAUACUCGUGGGGAAACAAGUCAAAUAAAGAUUUCCUAAGACCUAAAUUUAACAUUAGUAUCAAUACCAAGUAUGUAUUAUACAUUUAUACUUUCUAUAUGUGACAUUAAUAGCACCAUAAAUCGCCGGUCGCAACGCAGCCGGCAGCCGUAAGCAAAGUUUGUUGAUAGUGAUUCAUUCAUAUCUCGCUAGGGCGGCUCAUAUAACUCGAAGGGCAGAAAUCAAGAUAUUUACUGAGAUAUUUAACAUUUGUGCAGUGUAUGUUUGCAGAGCGCCAUUUCAUCGACAUGCGUGCUUGACUGUGACUGAUAUACUUUAUUUUACUUCAUGCGUUGACAAAUUCCUCAAAUCACAAGUUAUAAGUAUAUUGCCAGGGUAGGGAUAAAACGCUGAAACUUGGUGAUGGGCGAUACCGAGUACUCGGUAUUCGAUACCAGCGAUACCACAAACAGCGGUAUCGGUAUCGAUUACUGACGUGGUAUCGUUCGAUACUUGCACCUUUUUUUAAACUACUUGUUUAAUUUCACUUCUUGGUUGAAUAAGACUUAAUGAACCACCAAAAUAACUCUUAAUAUUUCAAAUGUGGUGCGCCAAGUCAUGUAUAGAAAAUAUUUAUUACGUUUCGGGCUUUUGGUUUACUUAUAGCUUUAUUUAGGUUACAUACAGUAAUGUAAAAAAUUUUUCCGCUGACCGGCAGGUAUCGAAGUAGCCGAUACUAGCAAUUUAAGUACUCAUUUCCGGUAUCGAAAAUGGAACUUUUGUGUUUAUUUUGGUAUCGAAAUAGGUAUCGGUAUCGGCCGAUACUGAUCUUAAAAGUAUCGGUAUCGGUAUCGAAUUAAAAAUCCUGGUAUCGCCCAUCACUACAAGUGAAACUGAAUCGCGGAAACGGAAACCAUAGCGGAAACUGAAAGCGGAAACUGAAAUGGGGAUAAAACGCUGAAAUGGAGAUAAAACGCUGAAAUGGUAAUAAAACGCUGAAAUGGGGAUAAAACGCUGAAAUGGGAAUAAAACGCUGAAAUGGGGAUAAAACGCUGAAAUGGGGAUAAAACGCUGAAAUGGGGAAAUUUAAUCGAAUUCGUUGUUUGCUAGACCAUUGCGAACACAUGUAAUUUGCCUAUAAAACUGAAUAAAUAUAAGAAAGAAGUUCCCGGUAAAAUGACAACCACAAAUUUUCGAAGAACGUCUGCUGCACUAUUUUUAAAGUCGUUUGAAUUAAAUUUGACAACUAUACCUCGCGGUAAAUAUUGACAAAUUAUAAACCUGCGUUUUUACAGCAUGAGCUCCACCUUUGAAUUUACUAUAUGAGUAAAUUCUUAAAAACGUCCGAAUUUAUCAUUAUGAUAAAUUCGCGGCACAUUUUGAAUUUAUCAUAAUAAUAAAUUCGCGGCACCUAACACUAACCCCAACCCUAACCACUAACCACUAACCACUAACCCAUAACCCUAACUUUUUUAACUUUUUAAUUUUUUUUAACUUUUUUAACUUAAAAAUCUAACUUUUUAAAUGUUUUUGCUUUUUGAAACACUUUUAAAACUUUUUUAAAAACUAUUUUUUUAAAAAACUAGAAAAUCUCAAGUUUCAAGCACGGUCGCGUACAGUGCAUGACAUACGCUGGCAUACGGUGAGUAUGUGCGUAUUCGGACGUAUGGUUUAUACGAUAAACAUACUCUAGGCACACGCUGAAUAUGCUAGAGGUACGCCAGAUGUACGGUACUCAUACGCUAGCAUUUCAAAGGACGUUUGUGCGUAUAAAAAUUAUUUCAUUAAUUUUCAUACGCUUCGCAUACGUUUCUCUCAUACGCAAUAGUGUGACAGGGCCUUAAGAUCGUAUAUGAGCUGACAGCCGAUCGUUACCCAUGGAAGGGUGGGGUCUGCCCCACGCACCCUUUCAGUUUCCAUGCAGUUUCCUUCCAGUUUCCCCAGUAAUCUGUGGUGCAUGGUCAUGUGGAUUUAGAUAAGUUCAAUGUAUCUCGCCGGACAACAAGUGAUUUGCCCGCUUUGACUCUGUAAAUAAAUGCUCAAAAUGGAGUCAAAAGUUUAGAAAAGAAUUACAGUUAUCCAACGCAGAUGAAGAAUACUGGUAAUAGAACGCAUGCAAGAAAUGCUGCUGAAACACUUUUCAGCUGUUUGUGUUAUUGUCAUGAGAAUAAAUAUAAUUUACAUUGAAGAGUUUUAUUCAUAAAAUAUAGACAAGUUAUUAGUUGUUUUGUGAAUCGAAUGUUGUUUAGUUUUUCUUCGUCGCUAUAAAACAAAACACCGUUUCCUCCGCGGGAAAUAGUUUGGUUUAAUUUGUUUUUCCUCGAAUCUCAAUGUUAACUCUCGGGAAUCAAAAGUAAUUAUAUAUUUCCCUCGGGCCCAACCAAUCAGAUUGCAGAAUAGCUCAUACACAGUGCCAAUCUCGCUUCCAGGCUCUCCUCUAAACGAGGUUGAUGCAGUGGAUCACUAUAUUAUAUUAUGUCUUAUGUGACGAAAGGUUUCCCGGCUAUUUUUUCACUUUGUUCUAUUUAGGUGUAAAUUUUGCCUUUGAUAAACCAACAUGGCAGUCCAGUACGGAUAAAGGUGGUGUAUCAUCUCGUGCUGUUGAUGGUUACAAACACCCUGACUAUAGGGAAGGCUCAUGUAUGCAGACAAGGAGACAGCAUGAACCUUGGUAAGGUGGUCCUUUAAAACUAUAGACCUGUUCAUUAUUCGUGUCGAUCUCGAUGAAAAGGUCGACGUUGGUAUGCAAGCGAUAAUUUGUGAAGUCAAGGUUUAGUGUAGCCUUGGAAUACAUGAUCAGCGGUUACUACGUUGUGCGUGUGCUUGUAGGUGAAUAAUGGCAUCGACAAGAAUGUAGUGUGAAAGGCUUUAAAGCCAGUAAAAAUAUUUAUCCAACUUUUGGAGUUUGGUAACAACCCCAUGUAUGAUGCAACUGGAAAUCAGUUUAAUGAGCCCUGGCCCCUGGGUAUUUUCAAAUAAACAAAUGUUAGAUUCAUUUCCAAAUACACAAAUGUAGAUUUGGGACAUGGUUAUCAUUAUAAAUAUCAUUAAAACUAAGGUUGGUGAUUGAUGAUAAUUCUUUGCGUUACACAACUAAAAGAGGGCGGCCUAAAAGCGUGCGCGAUUUGAAUUUAGGAUUUAAUAUUACUCAUUAUUCUCAUUACUCAUUAGAACCAAUUAUCUACACUCGGAUGAACGUAUAUAUUUAAUGUGUUAUCGUAUUCCAAUAUAAAAUAGUUGGUCAACUGUUGGUUGAUGAUUGUACGAUAGUUAUACAGGGUGAGUAAAAAAAAACUGAUACCUUCGCGGCUAAUUUGAAUAACAAAGGUGUCAGUUUUUUUUACUCACCCUGUAUAUAGGGAGAAUAAUUUUCAGUCAUCUUAGUUGCGGAUGAAAUAACUGUUAACAGACUUUAGGCAAUAUCUUCACUACCAUCUCAAUGGUACAAAUAAUGAACGGUCCUCAGUUUAAUUUUCCCCUUCCGAAUUUCCUUCAAAUAGCUAUAUUCAGUACGAACGUCCGAAGCUUAAACAAAGCGAGAAUACAUAUAUUCCCUUGCAUUUCAAUUUGUUCUGUGCCAGCUUUUAUAUAGUCCCACGCUAUAGUGUCCAUAUGCUCACAAUGUCGAGGCUGCAUUAUUGCCCCUUUUGCAAAUACCAUAAUGCUUUUUGCCUCGGGGAUAUAUAAUUCUACUGAAAAAAUGUAUUGUCUUAAAUAGAAGUUAGUGCUAAGUGGUUGUAUAUUGCAUUGAAUUUGACGAUAUUUUCCCGCUUGAAAGAAACAAAAUUGUCUUUUGCUAGUUUACCUUUAGCCAAAUUAGCGGAAGUCGAUAAUUAACAAUUAUUCGCCGAAGGUGAGGUGAUUAUCGGGGAAUAUUCGCCGUGACGAAGUCGAGGUGAAUAUUCCCCGAUAAUAACCGAGCCUGCAUGAGGCGAAUAAUUGUUUUAGUAUUUUUGCACAAGUUUUUUUGUGUUUUUCUGGUCUGAAUUCAUUUUAAUUUCGCUUAUUUCUUUAUCACUAACUUCAACAAAACGGCUAGCUGCCAUUUUGAAAAUUUCGAUUUUGUUAUAUUCACCUGUAGGUGAAUAUAACAGAUUAAUACGUCAAAUUUGACCUUGUAUGAUUUGUUAUGUUCACUUGUGCAAAAAUACUAAUAUAUUUUGUUUUGUUUUUGUUUAAUUUUUAUUUCCAUUUAUGAAAGUAUAUGUCUAUAUCGCUUUUAAACUGGAUUUCUGUUUCCCGUGAUUGUCUGCAAGCUGUGUCACGCCAGCCUGCUCGCAGCCCCCACCCGAAAAUGUGAAACUGAAAAUCAAUAUUCAAUAACCAUGAUAAUGAUAACUAUAUGAUGUAUUUCUAUACCUCAAAGCAUAUUACCAGGCUUUGUUAGACUCUCGAACGGUCUGUGUCAGCGUAGGUAGUGACAAAAACACCAGAAAACUGCAGAUUGAUGGGGAUUCAACUACCUGACUUGUAUUUUUCAGUUGUUAGACUCUACAGGUUCAUCAGGACCGGAUGAAUUGGAAACUGUACUAAAAUUUGUGUGAUUUCGCUUUUCGAGUUCACACAUGCAGGACGUGGUGAAACCGGACGGUUUUGACCACAGCUAGAAGCCCGUGCACUUGCAAAUUUUGCUGUGACUUCUAGUGCGACUUUCUUCGCAGUAAAACGAGCGGAUGAUUUCUGAAUAUAUGCAGUACCCUUAUUUGAAUAUUCAUACCUCAUCCCCUCGAUAACAUCCAUUAGGAGAAGAAAAUCGUAUCCAAACUGCAGCAAAAAUGCAAGUAUAAACGGCGGGGCCUUACUUACGAAUUUCCAUGGGUCUUGUGAACAAAUGGAACAAAACUCGACGAAAUUUCGUAUGGUUUCGGACUCUGCCGACCGAUUUAGGCAGACGGUCACCCAACCGUCCAAGGUAUGGUCGGCCACUUGUGAAAAAUGAGAAUUUUGGACGGACAGUUUUUAAUAAACAAUCACAGAAGGCUUAUGCAAAUACACUCUUUAAAUUGCAACUUGCAAAUGGUGAUAUAUUUCUUGAGUGCCGCAAAGUUGUCGGCUGGUGCUUGCAUGAUACUGAAUCAGGCCGAGUGAUGACAAUCAGUAAUUUCAAGCGCCAUAUAUUUUGAGCACGCCUACGAAAUAAUUGCCCAUGCACACUCUAUUUUGGGGACAUUUUUUACAUAUAUGGUCUGGUCUGAUCUCCAGGGGCGUAGGAAGCAUCAAAAGAUUGGGCGGGGGGGGGCGGCGGCACCGGCUUCUAGGGGCACUUUAGGGGAUUGAAAAGGGCACCUAAAAAAUUUUUCCCGGAAAUGUUGGCGACGGGGAGAAAAAUUUUCCCGUCGUACCAUACCGAAAUUGCACGUUUUUGACCAACUUUGUUUUUAAAAAACUUGGAAAUUUCCAAACAAAAAGGGCACCUUUGAUGUUAAUUUAGUACUAGUACUUACUACGACAUUAGCUUGUAGAAAAAGGGCACUUUUCAUCACAAAAAAGGGCACUUUUAGUCCUUUGAAAAAGGAUUUGGGGGGGGAGGGCACGUGCCUCCCGUGGCCCCCGGUUCCUACGCCCCUGCUGAUCUAGUAAUGUAUAAGUAUUCCUUCUAGCUGCUUUGGGCUGUUUAAACCUUUUGUUACUGUUUGAAACGCAAUUUAGGUGGGCCGUUGAUCUUGAGCAAGAACUUUUUGUGACAACUGUACGGAUAACAAACCGCGCUGACUGUUGUUGGGACAAUCUCGUUAACUUUAACAUUCGAGUUGGAACAAAUUUAGCAGACGGUGGAAAAUUCAAUUCUCAGUGUGGACCAACAUACAUUUAUAAUGUCGGUGCUGGUCAAACACUUUCAGUAAGAUGCGUGCCGCCUUUGUUGGGACAGUAUGUGUCUGUUUCUAUCGCUGACACUGAUGGAACUCUAAACUUUUGUGAAGUGGAAGUUUAUGGAUAUCAACGUAAGUAAAACUGUGAACACGAGAAAGAGGAAUUUGUCAACUAUGAUUUGUUAUGGAAACUCUUUUUAGGAAAACUUUCUCCAUCAAUCACAUGGUAUAGCCUACACCUAUAUCAAUAAUUCAAACCUACUUUUUUAGGCCACAAUGUAUUCAAUGUGAAGGCAAUAUCGCACGGUGCAAAGGACGCGCAGGUUGGGAAAACAAGUCAGUUAAUUGUCGAUGACAGCUAUAAUGAAAAGUUAUCCCCUCAAGGACAUCAUGUUAUCUCGUUUGACAUGACAACAGGUAUAUAAUUAAUACUCGCUUUCGGAAAUUAUUGACAAAUGACCUCAUUUUCAUUCAGUUUCAAUUGCCGCCGCUAUAAUUUUGUUCACGGUGGCUAAUUUUGAUUCCACAAUGGCAAAAUUGUUAGCGUGAUCAAACCUGCAUGUAGCUACAAAAUAAUUCUAUUUGUUUUGUAUUUCGCCUUUUUCCGAGAAAAAGCGAUGGUGGCAUCAGGUCUGAAUAGGAAUUGGGGGUAAAAUUGGUGGCACAAAACUAAUCGACCUACUACCAAACAGUCUAACGGGAAAUGACGUCCAUUUAGCUACCUAUGUAUAUAAUAUAGAGCUAUGCUAUGGGGUCGAAAUCGUUUGGAUGUCGUUCCCUAUAACUUAUGGAAUUCCGUCCAUCUUUUUGUUAAACAAUUUUAAUUGUUUAAAAAAUUUUAAAUAGCCAAAAGAACUUGUUGACUUACCCUGGGUGCCAGAGGGCAGAGGUUCUUCCAUGUUCGCAGAUGCAGCGCUCAUAUAGGGGGAUAAUGAGGGAUACAUUCUCAUGUAAUUCGUCGGGCGAAAAACAAACAGGUGUUUUGAAGAGAAUUUAUAAUUUUUGAAGAGAAUUUAGAAUUUAAAACCUAAAAAAUACGACAUUACGAUGCUGGUAGCAAUAUAAAAGUUAACAAAAAUGAAGUACUGCCAAUUGCAGUAGUCGAAUGUGAAUUACACUUUGUCACUCUACUGUAUAUUUUACUGUUUCUGAUUAAUUUCCAUUAUUAAGUAGUAUGACGAUGAACGCUUUCAAAUAUUAUGAUCUAUUGAUCUUGAACUUGUAGGAAUAAAACGCAGGUUGCAGGUUGGAAUUUCGCAGGUUGGUAAUUUUGCAGGCUGCCAGGAAUUUUGCAGGUUGAUCAUGCAAAUUUAAAAUUACAUUACUUUAAACUAUUCUAGUAAUUUAAUUGUGUACUUAAUGCAGUCUGACCCCUUGUCAACGCUUUUGAUAUCAGCCUAUCCUGCUGCCAUGUUCCUAGCCUCUGCUCCAAGGAGUGGCCAUCACCCCCGUGAAACAUUCAAAAUGACCAGAUUGGCGUGGACCUACAGGGGUCGAGUGUCUCGUUGCGAGGCGCCCACAUGACGUUGCGGCAUUUAAUGCCGGAAUGAGGGUGUCUCUCCUAUGCACCGACUUACUAGAAGUCCACUCAAGCCCCCAAUUACCGUAUGAUUAGUCGAGAAUGUUAGUUAACUUUUAACAACAUUCUAGUAUAAAUUUACGUACAUUAACCUGGUCCCUAGGCCGGCCUGGACAUGCUAUGUGGUGCCUAGCACUUCUCGUGGUCUUGGAACACACUCUAAGCCACUUCGUACCCACAGCUUCUGAAGUUUCUGUACUUGUGGCUCCAAGUAGAAUUGAACCUGCAAAAUACACUUCUAUUUCCUAUAAAUUAAUAUAAUGUUUUCACUGGGGUCACUGUGGGGUGACGGCCACUCCUCAGAGGCCUUAGAGCAGAGGCUAGGAACAUGGCAGCAGGAUAGGCUGAUAUUAAAAGCGCUGACAAGGAUUCAGACUGCAAUAAGUACACAAUUAAAUUACUAGAAUACUAUGUAGUGGUGUAAUUUUAAAUUUACAGGAUCAACCUGCAAAGUUCCUGGCAACCUGCAAAAUUCCCAACCUGGAAAUUUCCAACCUGCAACCUGCGUUUUGUACCUGCCGCACACAGGCACGACUCCACUUUAGUCGGUUCUUUCUUGACGUGCGAGGAACCGAAAUAGGUAAACCUGUAAAUAGCCAUAUAGCAUAAAUCUUAUCAUUCAGCAUUUUAGGGUUUUAUAUGAACUAUCAUGAACCAAUUAUCAUAUGUUUGAAUUAUUGUAAAUUUGUAAUGUGUAUAUAAUAUUGUUUAUCUGGACAAAAUUUCUGUUUUAUCUCAUUGCAAAUAGUACUUUUAAUUAUGAGUAAUAUGUAAAAUCUAUACUUAAUGUGGGCGUGGCAUUUUUUGACCACGUCCUUUUGUCGGGCAAAAUAAGUCCACAUCCCCUAUUUCUUGAGACUCGAGUUACGUCCCUGUUUAUCAUGUGAAAAGUUCCUUGAGAGGCGAACUGUAACUAUAUAUGCAUGUAUGGGUAUGUAUAGCGACAAGUUUCGCCAUUGCUGCAAUAUGCAUGCAUGCAGUUGGGUGAUUAUAUAAUAGACCUUCCAAAGUCGCUGCAUGUAGAUCCGUCGUUCGUCCUUAGCCUUGACGCUAAUCUAUAGCGGGCGAAUGGACCAUUUGCACUAUAGACUAAAUUUUGAGCUAGACAAAAAUUUCAUCACACCUUAAAAGAGCAUCACAAAAUUUGUAAUAUUUCAAAGUUUCGUUGCGAAAUGUUGUAAAAUGCGGAUAAUAUAGCCAUGCGAAGUUUGCCGUUUUUCAGUCAUUUUGUAUUACGCACGGGAAAUUGACAGCCCAAUCAGGUGUUGGGCAUCAAUUUCCCGUGCGUAAUACAAAAUGACUGAAAAUUGCAAAUUUCGCAAGGCUAUAUUAUCCGCAUUUUACAACAUUUCGCAACGAAACUUUGGAAUAUUACUAAUUUUGUGAUGCUCUUUCAAGCUGUGAUGAAAUUUUUGUCUAGAUCAAAAUUUAGUCUAUAAUGCAAAUGGUCCAUUGUGGCAAGUCCACGCAAACAAUGCAUGAUUAAUGCGGGAACUAUCAUUUCCCUCCAAGUGAUUGGGAUUCAAUCAUUUUACUUUAAUUAAUGAAUUAAUAAUCCUGACCAUAAUUUAUGCCAGCCAAUUAUCAAUCAAUAAAUAAAUUUUAUUUAAUAAAAACACUAUAUCACAAAAAUUGCUAUAGUCCCCCUGAUUGCCUUCAAGUAAAGACAACUAAAUAUGAAAAAGCUAUAGUCAAUAGAGAUAACUCACAAACUGCAAUCACGCAGUGUGUAUAUACUUUCGAAAGCGAAAACCUGUAAGUAUCCAUGAUAAACUAUACAUGCAUGAUUACGCAUUCAGUUCUUCUCAUCCUGGAAAAGCAAAGGCAAACAUAAAUUAUGUAAAUGUUUUAUCCUAUUUUCAACCAAAUUAAACGAAAAUUGAUUAAUCAGUUGUCCUUGCCCUCCGCAAUUUUUUCAAAUAAAACUGGGCAAUUAGCUUGAACUGACUAAUGCCCCCGUACGCCUAUGGCAAUUAGCUACUCUACUCGCAAUCUAUUCCUCGAUAGAUAGCAAAACAAUAUUUUUUCCUGGCGCAUUUAAUUUAAAAAAAAUGGCUUCAGCUCGCGUUAUUUUGCCGUGGAAUAUUUUAUGUUUCAUUUCUGAUUCUACUAAAACAAUUAAAUUACUCGCUCUCGAUUUCUAUUUAGGUGAUAGUUGAGGCUUCACCCUCAUCAACUAUCACCUCAUAGAAAUCUCGAGCUCGUAAUCUAAUUGUAAAUAUUAAACUGUGAAGCAUAAUGCAUUUUACAUUAAAUAUUUUUUCCUAGGAAAGAAUAUUACCCAUGCACGUUUCGACACACAAAGCGACUCUUCUGUGCUAGCUGGAAUGCCGUUGUAUUUGCAAAAUUUGCCUUCCGAAAUUUUUGUGUUCGUCAUUCUGAAUAAUGUUGGGUGGAAAUACUAUCACACAUCAAUACCAAUGCUUCAAAGCUUGAGUGGUUAUCCACAAAUAUCCAAUCAAUUGGCAUGGGGUGAUGCGUGGUCGUUGCUGGGAUACAAAGGAAAAUUGCCUAGUCCUUCUUGGAGGACCUCGGUAAUGAAGAAUCUUGGAUAUACGCCCGCGGUUAUUGAGGAUGUUAUACCAAAACUAUUAGGUGAGUCGUACGUAGCCUGAGAGAAUACAGAUUAAAUAGAGUUGACAAAACUUUCCAGUAUAAAGCAAAUAAAGAUUAGUUUAUUUUAGACUUCUCCACUUAACAAUUAGUCGCCCAAAGAUACCUGCUUCGCGUGCAUGCAAUGUGAAAAGAAUAUAAUUACCGUACCUGGGAAAAAUAUACUUACCUGUUGGUUUUUAUAUUGAAAUUCAAUAUCAAAUCUUGAAUUUCAAUAAAAGAUCGACCAUGAGGUUUUCAUGUUGUUUCCAAGAGGUUUUGGAACAGACUGAUCCGAUAUCGAUUGGUGGAAAAAAUGUAAUCUAAAAUCAACUAAUCACCUUAAGCAGUCGUCAAAUAAGGUCACAGAUUUCUUCAAAACAAAACAAACAUGGCGGUCCGCGUUACAUAAGUUAAAGUUGAAACUGUGGCAUUUAUCUUUUUUUAACAUGGAAGACUUUACCUCAAACAAGACUAACAAAACUCACAUAUUUAUUCUGAGUGAAAUUUUCAAGCCGUUAGCAUUAUAUAAUGUCCUAUAAUCGCUAUAAAAAAAGUAAGUUAAAAUAUAAUAAUAGUUUACAAAUUUAGAUUAGUUUUCCUAACAUUUUUUUUUGGUUUCGCAUAGUUCCGCCUCGUUCACCAUCCUCAGUCGUCAUCGUAGACCUGACGUCAUCUUCAUUCACGCUGAGAUGGUCACGCCCCCCUGGACUUGUCAAUGAGAAGAAACUCCCUCUGAACUACACUGUAUGCAUGAGAGAGUCUGGUACUGUGGUUAAUACUUGCACAAAUAAUGGUGAUAUUAAUUUGUUUACCAGCACCGGCUUGAAUCCUCAGACUGAGUAUAGCGUGAGUGUGAAGGCAGAGUCCUAUGCCGGGUUUGGUCCUGAAGCUGUAGUUUGUGUUGCCACCAUGGAGCAAGGUUAGUGACAAGAAGUUGAGCCGUCGCUGCGAAAAUUAGGAAACAUUGUUGUAGACGUAUUUGAAAGUUCCCAUGUUUCCUCAAGUGUUCCUCUGUUUUCUCAACCGCGGCCUCGGAACAUCAUUUCAAUAGAUUCCGAAACACAAUAAUUAUGUUUGAUUCCUGAAUGUGAUGUUUGUUGCGGAAAUAAUGUGUCCUCGUUUACGCACCUUUGGAAAACAUGGCUUGGAGACAAUAGCUAACAAUUUACAUUUUAUACAACAACGUUUCCUAGUUUUCCCAGAACUUAACAUCCAUAUUCGAACCCUAAAAAGACAAAGGAUAUCGUGUUCAAUUUAAUAAAUUUCAAUACCUUACCAAAUACCGCGGGCUUGUCGACAUCGUGGCAGGGGCGGCGGAACAGGGGGGGCUAGGGGGGCUAAAGCCCCCCCAGAAGUAAAAGUGGGGGGGCUUAGCCCCCCCAGAAAAUUCGAAUUUUUGGAAAACAUUUUGAUAAUUAGGGAAAAAUUUAGGUUAUUUUUUGAAAAUUUAGGUAUAAGGGGACAAAUUUGCAAUAUUUUGUUUAAAAAAGUGUAUUUCCGAAAAAAUGUUUUGAUAUAAGUCCGAAAAAAUUUUUUUCGUCCCUUUUUUUGUAUAUUGUACCCCUAAAGUGGUACACUGACCGAAAUUUUUUUGGCGAUGGGGGGCGGGGGGGAGAGGGGGAGGUCGCCGAAAAAAUUUAGCCCCCCCAGAACGAAAUCUGUUCCGCCGCCGCUGCAUCGUGGGGAAGACAUUCUUCACUGAUUUCAUUCUUUUGUAGGCAAAUACACGAUUUACGUUGAACUUAUGUCUCGUGUCAAGCCAGAUACCUUGUACAGACUCAACGCUCAAUCUUAUUCCAGUAUCGCAAUCAGAGGACAACAGCAUAACUUUGGCCACGCUGGACAUCAUUUUAUUGUUCUUAACCCGAAAACAGGCAAGUAUUCUAUAAAUUCAGCCAUGUAUAUAUUGAGAUAG